CCUUGCCCGGCGCCGCGCACCCCGCGCACCCCUGGCCUCGCCCCUUGUUCUCUCACCUUCUUUCUUCGACCGCCUCUCCCUCCUGGCGGACCUUCCUCCACCACUCCAUCUCUCCUGGUCCUCUUUCUUCCAUCCACUUAGUCCCACCUUAGACCUUUCCUGCCCGGCUUGGCUUCUCGGGAUCUUUGCUUCUCUGCCUCCCCUCCGGGCAAUCCUGCUGGGUCUGGGGACUACUGAUUUGUGUCCCCGUACCUCAUUGCCCCUCUUGGCUCUCUCUCCUGGCCCAUUCCUGGGCUGCCUGGUCCUGGGGGAAGGCAGGAUGUUUCCUGAGGUGAAGACCCUCUCCUCUUUGCUGGGACUCUUGAUGCUCUGGUUCCCCUUGGACUCCCAAGCCCGAGCCCGCCCAGGUAAAGUCUGCAUUUUCGGUGAGAAGAUAUAUACUCCCGGCCAGAGUUGGCACCCCUACUUGGAGCCACAAGGACUGAUGUACUGUGUGCGCUGUACCUGCACUGAGUCUGGCCACGUGAAUUGUUACCGCCUCCGCUGCCCGCCCAUCCACUGCUCACAGCCUGUGAUAGAGCCACAGCAGUGCUGUCCCAGGUGUGUGGAUCUUCAGGCCCCCUCUGGGCUCCGGGCCCCCUCAAAGUCCUGCCAGUACAAUGAGACCACAUACCAACAUGGAGAGAUCUUCAGUGCCCAGGAGCUGUUACCUGCCCACCUUUCCAACCAGUGUGUCCUCUGCAGCUGUAUCGAAGGUCAGAUCUACUGUGGCCUCAUGACCUGCCCUGAACCUGGCUGCCCCACUUCACUCCCACCGCCCGACUCCUGCUGCCAGAUCAGCAAAGACAGGGCAAGUGAGAGCUCCGCUGAAGAGAAUUCCACGCAGCUGCAGCUUGGGGAGAGACAUCCCCAGGAUCCAUGGUCAGAGGAUGGAGGGAGAGGCCCUGGCACCCCAGCCCCAACCAGCCUCAGCUCCCCUCUGGGCUUUACUCCUCGCCACUUCCGACCGAUGGGAACAGGCACGACUGUCAAGAUUAUCCUGAAGGAGAAACAUAAGAAAGCUUGCACACACAAUGGGAAGACAUACUCCCAUGGGGAAGUGUGGCACCCUACCAUCCUCUCCUUCGGCCCCAUGCCCUGCAUCCUGUGCACGUGUGAGGAUGGCUACCAGGACUGCCAUCGUGUGACCUGCCCCACUCAGUAUCCUUGCAGUCACCCCAAGAAAGUGGCUGGGAAGUGCUGCAAGGUCUGCCCAGAAGAUGAAGCACACCCUGGCCACAGUGAGGUCAUUUCCACCAGGUGUCCCAAGGUCCCAGGCCAGAUCCAUGUGUAUACAUUGGUGUCCCCAAGCCCAGACAGUCUGCACCGAUUUGUCCUGGAGCAUGAGGCCUCUGACCAAGUGGAGAUCUACCUCUGGAAGCUGGUGAAAGAUGAGGACACUGAGGCUCAGAGAGAUGAAGUCCCUGGCCACGCAUCCAGAAUCUUCCACUUGGUUCAGAUUAAGAGAGUCAAGAAACAAGAUUUCCAGAAGGAGGCACAGAACUUCCGGCUGCUCACUGGCACCCAUGAAGGUUACUGGAUCAACUUCCUAGCCCAGACUGCAGAGCUGAAAGUCACAGCCAGUCCAGACAAGGUGACCAAGACAUUAUAACAAGAACCUAAACAAUGACAGAUGUGAGCUUUAUUGGUUCGGUUAUUAUAUUUUAAUAAAGCUGCAUCAGCCCUCA